AUUUUAUUGUGUCUAUAUGGUCUAUAUAUUUAUUAGAUAUAUGUAACGUCUCCUUGUGUAACGUGAUCUGUACCUCUGUACGUAAAAAAAUGAUUUUACAGUGUUUAUACUGAUUGUAGGUACAUUUGAUUGAUUUUACAUAAUUACGAAUCUGUAUAUAUAACUAGAAAAAUACGCACCGGCUAGAUUUAUCCUUUACAUAAACAUUAUUGGAAACUAAAUAAUGACCGAAUAUAAAUCAUUGGCUGCACACAAUUCCGCUUGCAACGAACUUUAUUACCUAUUUCAAGAUUGCGAACGCGAGCAUCCCGUCGGAAAAGUAUUUGGUGGCUGUUAUCAAUUCCAAAAAGAUUUUCGCAAUUGCAUAAAAGAGCAGAGAGUUAUACAGCAAGCAGAAAAUUUGAAAAAAGCAAGAGAGAAACAGCAGCGAAUGAAAGAAAAGUUGGCAGAAUUACAGCAGAGUGAAAAGCAAUGAUGAAAACUUCGGGGGAUAUUGUUGUUGAUUCAAAAAAUUCACAAAUCAUGGGUUUGGAAGAAGUUAUUGACACCCAAGACCAAGAUUUCCCAGAGGAUGAGGAUAUAUUUGAAAUGGUGGAGGAAGUAAAUUUAAAAGAUCCAUUACCCGACAUAACUCAACGUUAUUUCACGUCUUACUACAGAAUGAAUUUUCCCCAAGAAGGUCACGACAUUUGUAUAAGAAUGCAUACGAACAGAAUUUGCUUAAUAUCGUUGGCUCCGAGCCACGCUCUCUUCAAUAAGGAUAGAAAAAUCGUGAAAAUUGAUUUUCAAGUAACAGAUAAAUUGAACCGUGCGAAUAAUAGUGUUUCUGGCAAAGCGAAACAUGGAGCACAACCACUGCACGAAUCUUCGAAAAUUUGCACAAUUUCGUGCGAUGAUGGUGAAUCAUGGGUGAUAAGAUGCGGUAUAAAUGGAAAAUUGACUGAAGCCAACACCGAUUUAUUGACAAAUCCGGAACUCCUCAGAGAACCUCCCCACAGAGGUGGAUAUUUGGCAAUUGUGUUGCCGAAAAUCAAUGAUCUGGAUAAAUUGAAAAAAAAUCUCGUUACCCAAGAAGUUUACGACGAGAUGAUGCGUGAACGACGAAAGAAUGAAAUUUCCUCCGAUCGAUCGAACGGCUCGAUGAAAAGGCUUGCCGAUAAUGACCUCGAGAACAUUGCGUCCAAAGAAAAAAUCACAAGAAAAGACGUAGCAGUGGAUGGAACUAAAAUGACUGAAGCGGGCAAAUCAGAACUGUCGCCGACUUGAUUCACUCAAUUGUGAAUAACUUAGAGAUUAUUUUUCUUCAAUUCAAUUUGAGUAAUGACGCAGUUUGUGUUUCAAUCAAUUUAUCGUUUGCAUUGUAUAAAAAUUUUCAAUUGUUGAAUAAAUGAUAUAGAUGACAAAGA